AACUAAAACUGAACGACCCAAUACAUACCCGUUCCAUUGCGAGCAGUAUUGCGCGGUUCGGCAAAGGACCGCUCUUAAUACGACACACGAUUUUGAGAAACUUACAAUGGGCGACACACCGCCCUCGCCGCCACCGGCAACCUACACUAGCGGCGAAAUCGCCGGCACUUCAGUCGUCACGGCCGCCUUUUGCCUCGUCAGUCUCGGAAACCUCUACUUUGCCAACCGUUGGGCACAAGAACGGCGCCGGGAUGGCGCGCCUCUCAAACGAGCCGAUAAGCUGUCGCUGACGUCCCACUUCAUAUUUGUGUUAUGGGCUGCGAUAUCGGGCCGCUGGUGCUAUAAAUUCGCAUUCCCGUUAUCCGACGAUGCCGCCAUUGCGUUGUACGCGAUAGCAAACACCCUCUUCACGACGGGGUGUUUCAUGCGCUUUGUGUCGUUAUUACCGUGGCUUCGCGUGGUCAGAAGGACAAAAGAGCUGAGCGUCAUCUGGGAGCGUCUGCACAUCGGUCUGACGAUGACGAUAUACCUCUUAGCGCAGGGCGGGAUUAUCGUGAUCAGUAUUAUUUUGUCGCAAAAGGAUUCGGAAGGGCUAUCAAACCUCCUGACCUCCGUGUCGGGCGGCUAUCUGGGGGUGGUGAUGAUAGCGACAGCAUGCUUGGUGACGAAAAUUAUCAUCGACAUCAAAUCCGAGCUGGUGUUUAUGCUCAAGUCGUCGGAACUGGCGAAAUUGUCGAGGUCGAGUCGUAAUGUAGCAUCACCCCCUACCAGUCCAGACACUGGGAUGGAUGUGGCUCAGACGCAGGAUACGUUGAAGUGGUUUAUUGAGAAGCGGCGGGCGAUGAUUGGGCUUGCGACUUUCUCGCUUGUGCUUGCGGUGGCGACCCUAUUGACGAUGUGGAUCGGGAUUAUGCUGAAGCUGGAUUCUCGGGGAGCACUUAUCUUGUUCCCAGAAACAUACAUGUCCGCCCUCCUCUAUGUCGAAAACAUCGCAUACGGCCUUGCACACUUCGAAAAAGCAAAAGCCGGGGAAGACGUCGCAAGAGGCAGCGAGCGGGAAUGGAGCGUGGGGCUCUUCACCGCCUCCGUCAUCGGCCGCUGGGUCAAAGUAUUAACCUCGCCAAUUAGCAGCAUCGCCAACCGCUCACGAUCAGAUACCAUUGGCGUCAUUAGCAUGGAGGGACGAAAUGGCAGAAGAGAGACGAAGGGGGAGCUGUCGUCGUGGAGGAACGAUAGCAGGGAGUCGAAGGGAUCCAAUUCGCAGAUUGGGCCGUCGAAGUCGCAGGUUGGACCGUCGAGGUCACAAGCCGACCCUCCAAAAUCGGAGUUCAACAGUGCUCUAUCAUGACCGUGCUAGUUUUUUGACACCAUCAUACCCCGUCGACUGGAGCGACACAUCGAAAUCCGUGGGAGAUACGACAAGUCAUCUUUCCUCGCAUCCCCUGCGGAUAUCUCCUACCCCUCACCAUCAUUUUUUGGAAUACCUAUAUCAUACGACCACACAAGAACGUCUCCGGAAGGACUCCAAGUUCUUCGCACCGUGUGCCUCCACAUAGGCUAGGUUCCGAAGUGAAUACCAACGUUAUCGUCUAGAUAGUCUAGUGGGCAAUUCUCGCACGUAUUAGCCCCAGCACUAGACAUGAAUGAAUUCUUCAAUGUUCCCUUUUGUCAUAGAUGCCGGGUAGAAACAAUUGUAGAUAAUACUAAUGAAGGACUCCUUUGAACUAUCGAAAAGA